CUGAAGUUAUUAAACUCAAGAAAGGAAAAAAGGAGGCAGAAAGAAAGGGAAGAAGAGAGGGAGAAGUAGAGAUGGAUACAACGGAGGGCCGUCUAUUUGAGGUGAAAGUAGGGAAGGGAAGGGCGUGGAAGUGGUUGUACGCGGGUUCAAUGCUACUGGGGUUGCUUCUGAUUUGGGUGUACAGGGCCUCGCACGUGCCGGAGGCCGGAGAAAAGGGGAGGUGGGCGUGGACGGCGGUGUUCGCCGCCGAGCUAUGGUUCGGCUUCUAUUGGUUUCUCACACUCUCCAUUCGCUGGAACCCGAUUUACCGCUAUACUUACAAGGACAAGCUCUCCCAUAGUUUUGAAGACAAACUGCCAGCAAUAGAUGUUUUUAUAUGUACUACGGAUCCCACCAUUGAACCCCCCAUAGUAGUCAUCAACACAGUUUUAUCAGUUCUGGCCUAUGAUUAUCCACCAGAGAAACUAAAUGUUUAUUUAUCUGAUGAUGGUGGUUCAAUCUUAACAUUCUAUGCGAUGAUUGAGGCAUCUCUAUUUGCAAAAUCAUGGAUCCCUUUUUGCAAGAAGUUCAAUGUCAAGUAUAUGGCACCUUCGCUCUUCUUUUCAAAAUCAUCAAUUCCAAUACAUGAUCCAAGUUUCUCAAAAUGGGUAGCUAUGGAAAAAUUGUACAAAGAAAUGAAGAGUCGAAUUGAAGCAUCAAUGAAACUUGGUGACAUUUCAAAUGAGAUUAAAGCAGGUCAUGAAGGCUUUACAAACUGGAGCUCCAAAACAUCUUCUAAUGAUCACCAUGCCAUUAUCAAGAUACUAAUUGAUGGAAGAGAUCAAAAUGCUAGAGACUUCGAAGGAUUUGCAAUGCCAACUAUUGUUUACAUGGCUCGUGAGAAACAUCCAAAAUAUCAACUUAAUUUUAAAGCUGGAGCUCUAAAUGCAUUGUUGAGAAUUUCUGAGCAAAUAAGCAAUGGAUCAAUCAUUCUCACAAUUGAUUGUGAUAUGUGUGCUAAUAAUGUUGAAUCAAUCAGAGAUGCUUUAUGCUUCUUCAUGGAUGAAGAGAGAGGCCAUGAGUAUGCUUUUGUGCAAUUUCCUCAUAAUUUUGAAAACCUCACCCAGCAAGACUUAUAUGCAAGCUCCUUCAAAAUGAUUCACAAGGUAUAUUUUCCUGGGCUAGAUGGGUUAGGAGGCCCAAUGUACACAGGUUCAUGUUGUUUCCAUAGGAGAGAUUGUCUAAAUGGGAGAAAAUACAGUGAACUAAAUAAAAUUGAGCUAAAGAGGGAAAACCCAAAGAUUCAAGAAACAAAUAUGAGUACUUUAGAAGAAAGAACCAAGAAUCUUGCAUCUUGCUCCUAUGAAGAGAACACACAAUGGGGAAAAGAGAUGGGUUUGAAGUAUGGAUGUCCUGUUGAAGAUGUGAUGACUGGAUUCUCCAUUAAAUGUAGAGGUUGGAAAUCAGCAUAUUUCAGUCCAAAAAGAGAGCCUUUCCUUGGUCUUGCUCCAACGACACUCUCUCAGGCACUAAUACAGCACAAGAGAUGGUCUGAAGGUUAUUUUCAAAUUCUACUCUCCAAGUUUUGUCCCUUCCUUUAUGGUUUUGGAAAAACAAAGCUUGGCCUUCAAAUGGGUUAUAGCAUUUGCUGCUUUUGGGCUAUCAACUCAAUUCCAACUCUUAUCUAUAUUUUCAUCCCUUCUAUUUGCCUCAUAAAUGGAAUAUUUUUAUUCCCAAGUGUUUCUAGCCUUUGGUUCAUGCCAUUUGCAUUUGUGAUGACAUUUAGCACUGUUGUUAGCAUUUGGGAGUCACUUCUUCAUGGACUAACAUUAAAGUGUUGGUGGAAUGAUACAAGAAUGUGGUUAUAUAGAAGAACAACUUCAGACCUAUUUGCUUUAGUAGAUACUAUCCUAAAGCUAUUGGGUUUCAUUGAUUCAACCUUUGUUAUUACACCAAAGGUGGCUGAUGAAGAGGCAUAUAAGAGGUAUGAGAAAGAGAUUAUGGAGUUUGGCUCUACUUCGCCAAUGUUUACAAUAUUGUGUACAAUAGCAAUGCUUAACCUCUUGUGCCUGGUUGGAGGAAUCAUAAAAGUGAUAAUGAAUGAAGGAAUUGGAUAUUUGGAUCAUAUGUUUUUGCAAUUAUUGUUGUGUGGGUCUUUGAUCCUCUUAAAUUUUACCAUCUUUCAAGCCUCAUUCUUUAGGAAUGAUAAAGGAUGCAUUCCUAUGAGUACCACACUUUCAUCAAUGGCAAUAGUCAUAGUUGUAUAUUUCAUUCCUAUUUUUUAAGACAAAGAACUUCAUAAGGGUGCAAUAUGCAUGCUUACAAAGACAAAUGAACUUUCAUUACAAAAUAUCAUAUAUGAAAAGGUCUUAGCCUCUACAUGUAACAUAGCAUAUUCAAUUCUAAACUUGAGUAUACUUUUGAUUAUUGUA